AUGGGUGAAUUGUCUACUGAACGAUUCAGAGUUCAUCGUCUUGGCCUCCGUGGCGCCGAUCGCCUCCGCCUCAAUGGUUCCGUGAUUCUCUGGGACGUGAGGGAUCUAAAUCAGAAGGAGCACAAAACGUUGCGUGUGAACAUCGAGUUCGACCAUGCGUCGCACGUUGCCUGGAGCCCGGACUCAAAGGCAUUUAUUGUGCAUACUGUACGUGAGAAUCAUGUCAUAGUCUACAAGAUAGAGAAGAAAAAGGACGGCGCCAUAGCGUCAGCAGCACCGGUCAUCACGUUCGACAAGGUACAUGAAGGCGAUGUAAUAGGCUUCGACAUCUCUAGCAAUGGCAAAUUUAUGAUGUCAUGUUCGUCAAAUAACGACAUGGUUAUAUGGGAUCUCAAAGGUCAACAACUAAACAGGCUCGAUACAUAUCUGAUGACGACACACACGGCAAAAAUAUCACCCUGUGGCCGCUUUGUUGUGGCGACAGGUUUUGCACCCGACGUAAAAGUGAUGGAGGUGUGUUUCACAAAGAACGGGGAAUUUAAACAAAUAACAAAGGCGUAUGAGUUGACCGGUCACUCUUCGGGUGUGUACGACGUAGCCUUCGAUGUCGACACGUCACACAUCGCCACAAUAUCGAAGGAUGGCACGUGGAAGCUAUAUCACACAAAGAUUGAAUACACCCGCGGUGAAUCUCCGCAUGUGUUGGAAACGGGUACAUACACGCAGACUGGUAACGCUCCGCACAUAGCUCUCUCACCAAACGCAGAAGUCCUAGCUGUCUCCGUCGAUUCCUCCGUAGAAUUCUACGACACGUACACCGGGAAGCUGUAUGACACCGUUGAAAAUGUUUAUUCUGGUCUUAUCAACUACAUGAAGUUUGAUGCAAGCAACAAUUAUUUGUUCGUGUGUGGUGACCGCGCCGUGAGAGUCCUGCACAAUGUUUGCGGUUACCAAACCACUAUAGAUAGUUGCACAAGACUUCUGAGCUCCAAGCAAACUUCGGCCACUAUGGAGCGACUGAAUAAAACCAUCAAAGAGUGCAAAGAAACUCUCGCCAAGUUCGGCAAAUAG